AUGACAAUAGUGAAGUCUGGUUGGAACAAGCCUUCUUACUUUGCAGAAAAGCUUUCCCAGGCUAUGAAGGGAUUAGGAACCAACACUGACACGCUAACUAGAAUCAUUGUGAGCCGUUCAGAAAUCGACCUGCUAAAAAUCAUUCAAGAGUACAAGAGGAUGUAUGGCAAAUCUAUUCAGGAAGACAUUCUGAAGGAAACUAGUGGAGACUAUGAGAAGAUUCUGCUUGCUCUCUGUGGCACUCAAUAA